GGCCAACAUCUGCGGGGCUCCUUCAUUCAAGGCACGCCGGGCGCCGCCGCCGGGGAUAUUAGAGGCUCCGUCCGCUCCCUCGCCGGACACUUCCUGCGCUCGCUCUCUGCCUCCCUGGCUGCACCCUGCGCACGCCGCUCGCCUCGCCAAAGUCUGCAAGCAAGCCGGGGAGGAGUGCCGGGAAGCAUGCGCGCCCCGUGGGUCGGGAAGAUGGCCAGCCUGGCGCUGCUCUUGGCCAGCCUCGGUCUGGCGCUGGGCACGGAGGCCACCGACCCGCCGGUGGGAGCCCCGGACAGAGCCCCUCCGCAGCAUCAGAAAGGGCGGCUCUCCUUGCAAAACACAGCUGAAAUCCAGCACUGCCUGGUCAACGCUGGCGAUGUAGGAUGCAGUGUGUUUGAGUGCUUUGAAAACAACUCAUGUGAGAUUCGAGGCUUACAUGAGAUCUGCAUGACAUUCCUCCACAAUGCUGGAAAAUUUGAUGCCCAGGGGAAAUCUUUCAUUAAGGAUGCGCUAAGAUGCAAGGCCCAUGCCUUACGCCACAAGUUUAGCUGCAUCAGUCGCAAGUGCCACUCCAUCAAGGAGAUGGUGUUCCAGCUGCAGCGCGAAUGCUAUCAGAAGCACGACCUCUGCUCUGCAGCCAAGGAGAACGUUCAGGUCAUGAUGGAAAUGAUACACUUUAAAGACCUACUCCAGCAUGAACCGUAUGUUGACUUGGUGAACAUCUUGCUCACUUGCGGAGAAGAGGUUAAAGAGGCCAUCACAAAGAGCAUCCAGUCCCAAUGUGAACAGAAUUGGGGGGGUCUCUGUUCCAUCCUGAGCUUCUGCACCUCGGUCCAACAUGGGGAUUCACUUCUGGAGCCUGAAAAGAAGCCCAAUGAAAUCUCCAGCAGACCCUCCAUCAGCCAAAGAGACCUUGUGAUCCACCCUGAAUCUGAUACCAGGGAGAGCUUCCGAAAUGCCAGAGGAGAAAGAGGUAGCAGGCAUCCUACAAACGCCCACACUCGCACUAAAGCUGGGAACCACAAUCCCAAAAUGGUUCAUGGCAUCAUCGAACAGGAAGAGGAACUGUCUGACUUCUCUGACAUCCGAAGGUGAAAGGAGGAUACUGCCCUUCCUUCUUCAGAAACUUCCUCCAUUGAGUUCAUCGUCUUAUCUAGGGGCAUUCCAGAAUAUUUACAAUGUCAAGGGGUUGGUGUCAAGCAAAGGGCAUUGCGAAAUAUAUGGCAGUGACAGUGUAUGUAUUAUAAGUAACAGAGGAAAAGCAAUGGCUUUUGGUUAUUGAUUGUAUCCAGCAAAUUCUAUGUGUAGGUGCAGCAAAAUGUAUUCAUUUAAAAACUUGCAUCUCUUAAAAAGAGAUAAAAUAGAGAUUAGAUACUGAUUUGGGUUAAUUUUGUUGCUUUUAUCAGGUGUAGACUGGUCCAAAUUUCCAUUCUCAGGCUUGAUAUCUAGACUAGGAUUAGCAUUAGCCUCAUUCAAAGGCAGUAAGAACCUGCAACUUUUGUUAACAUAUAGGAAAUAUUGCAGUUCUAAACUCAUAUAGUUCUCUGAGCCAUUGUCCUAUCUGGGUGACACCAUCUGCCUUAAGUGUCCCUUGUAUUGGUUAAAUGGCCCACUGUUGACUUUUCUCCCAUGUUUCAAUGUCCUUAGAAAGUUGGUUGAUUACAAAACCAAUUUCAGGACAAGAUACUUGGGCUAUUUAAAUCAGCCAACCUUUCUAAAAACAUUUUCAGAAGUUUACCUAGCUACUCGACUGAAGUAGUUUCCUAAAUAAUACAGUAUGGAUGCCACCUCAGAUAGGUGGCAAUAAUUUGGAAGCUUUAUUGGGAGAGAGAUAAAGUUCCUUUACCUCAAGCCAUGACCACAGAAUAUGUAGAAUUGUUCUAAGGCUGACAGAGACAAAGUUCACACACCACAGUAAGCCUUAGGAUUUCUGGCUUGCUUUGCUUGGGCACACUUCCCAGAUGCUCCCAAUGCAAGUGUGGGCAACUUGACAAACCACAGGCAUUGCAUAGUUUGAUAACAGUGACAUCUAAAUCCAGCUUUCCUGCUUGUCUUCUCAACCCCCAGCAAGCCAAGGAAAUACAGAAACCAUGAGAGAUUUCUUUGGCUGGGUUUCAGCUACACAGUAAAAAAAGAUAAAUGAUAGAUCAGUGGCUUGUUGAGCAAAUCUAUUUUGCACUGGGAGCAAUGGAGCAACAUAUACCAACACUUUGCCUUGUUAUAUGACAUCAGGGUGUGCCCAGUGUACACAAAGUGCCAAAGAAAUAAGCCAUGUGUUUGGCAAGUGAUUUAAUCAGGCUACUGCUUUGGAACAAGUUUAAAGCUUGUCCCAAUGUCCAGCUCCUAACCACAUAUUCUUGAAAGUGAAAUUAAUCCCAUAAUCAGUGGAAAUUGUUUGCACUAAGCUUGCCAUGGAUUGCAGUGUCCAUGGCCCACUAUGAUAGAUCAUACACUUCCUUUACUUUUGAAAGUAGGUCUGUUUAUCAUUGGCUAGGAUCACUCAGGACGCUACAUUUUCAGGCAUCAACCAAGGCACUGGAAUUACUUUUUCUGGAAGAUAAUACAUUACUGCUCCUAUAAUGUUUUCAAGUAAUAACAAGGCAGGUAAAAUACAAGUAAAAUACAAGCCCAGAGGCUUCUUGUACACAUCCUUUUUCUGUGUGUAAAGACUUUCCCAGUCACUGCAAUGGCAGAACAGUUGUAUGUUUGUUCACACUGCAUGUGUUUACAUGAACCCUGAAACUACAAUAACUGGGGAAGUCAUCUUCAUGUUGAUAGGAUAAUGCAGCAUAAUGCAGUUGUUUCAUCCUUGGUGAAGGCAGUUAGAAGAAAGUUUGAAAGGACAAUAUAAUUAUACACCAAGCCAGCACAUGUUAUUUGCACUAAUAGGAAUGGCUUGAGUGAUUGUGUUGAGUGGUGAACCCAAUCACAUUAUCAAAAAUAAGAAUACAUGAGGAAUACGUGGUCCCCAUGCUAAAAUGUUUCUAAAUCACCUGGUUAGAGGGGCAGUCAUGACCACCUUAGUCACACAUACUUAAAACCCUCCAAAGAACUGCCACUAGAACCCAAUACAGUGCAGAUGAGUCUUUGGUAAGUUCACUCUACAGUGAUAAUUCAGUAAGAACUCUAAUUUUCCAAUGGAAACCAAAAUAUACACAUUGAAUGUCUCUGUCAACAGAUCACCUCAGUGUGCAUAUAGUUUAUCUUCAUUCAUUUUAAUGAGAUAGAUAGAUGUCCCCUUUUAGCUUACAUAAAGAAAAUUCAGGAUUUCUUUUUCAUUUUUAUUUUGUGGGAGUGGGGUUACAUAAAACCUAAUUUUUUUCCUCUUUGUGAAAAUUGGAUGUAUGUGUUCACCUACUGAUUCCACAUUUUCUUUUAUUGUAAAUAUUUAUCAUUUCUAUUUAUUAUAGUUUUCUCCAUUUAAAAAAAUAAAUAAAUCUGAGCACUGCUGGCAAAGGUAAUUUAAAUAUAUGUCAGGACCUGUGUUGUAUAUAUUCAUGCCACUAGUACAUUUUUGUUAUUGUUUAAAACAAGGGAAAUAUAAUUUUAUACACUCAAUAAUGUUGUUGACAGCUUAAAUCAUAUAUUUAUUGUUAAAUUUAAUUUUUAACAGAGACAAGUGCAUUUAACCCGAUAAUUCUCUUAAGACAUCUUGUAUAGCCUUACUUCUUUGAACAUUUUAAAAUAAAAAAUUUCAGCCAUCCA